AAGAAGAGGAGAGGAGGAGGGGAGAGAGGAGAGAGCCGCGGAUAUAAACGGCGGAGGCUAAUUGGCCAGGUGAGCAGGUGAGGAACACGAGAAAGAGGCGGCCGGCUGCGGGGAAAACUUGAUCCGCGGACAGGUUGGAAACUCAAGCAUCCGUCGGCGCAUCCAGCCCGGCCUAUAUAAGACCGAGCCAGCUGUGAGCGGACACCACAAAGCCUUAUCUGCUGCUGCUGUGCUGCUGUGCUGCUGCUUUGGACCUGGACGGAGAGGAGACCGAGCCAACAGCGGACCAACAUGUCGCUCACCUCCAUCCUCUCAGCUGAGGCCAUUGAAAAUGCUGUCAAGGACUGUCAAGCUCCGGACACAUUUUGCUACAAAAAGUUCUUCCAGCUGUGUGGCCUGUCCUCGAAGUCACCCAAGGAAAUCAAAGAUGUCUUCCAGAUCCUCGAUGAGGACAACAGCGGCUUCAUCGAGGAGUCUGAGCUCAAGUACUUCCUGCAGCGGUUCGUCCCCGGGGCGCGAACACUGACCGAGGCAGAAACCAAGAGAUUCAUCUCAGCAGCUGAUGAUGACAGUGAUGGCAGAAUUGGAGCGGAGGAAUUCCAGACUAUGGUCCUGUCCUGAGUUUCACAGGUGAAAAGAGUUCGAGUCUUCAGGUCCUCAGCCCUCUACCCAGCUCUGGGGUCAUCUGAUCCCAGCUUCUGUUCCCAGUGGUUUAUUUUGUUUUCUGCUAAACUCUGUGUGCUGUAAUUGUUUUUAAAUGACCUUUUGUCCAUUUAAAGACGAUAAAACCUUCCAUCUGUCUUUCCAUUGUGUUCGUCCAUGUUUUUGUUUCUGUGCACAACUCUGACAAUUAAUGAGAUGAAUAAACCUGUGGAAACAUA